CCUCCCAGCUGCCAGGCAGCCAGCCUCCAGCCUCCCUCCCUCCCUCCGGCUGCCUGGUCCUCUAGUCUCAGCCCCCUCUCGGUGGGGUCUUGGCGGGGCCCCCAAUGGGCAGCUUCCUCGGAGGGGUCAGCUUCCAGGAGCCCGCCACGGUGGAGGACUGCGACUCCACCUGGGAGACCGACUCGGAGCCGGAGGAGGAGGAGGAGGAGGAGGAGAGCCCCGGAGCAGGGGGUGGGAGCAGGCAAGGAGGCCCCGAGGAGGAAGAGCAGGAGGAGGAAGGAGAAGAGCAGGAGGAGGAGGAAGAGGAAGAAGAAGAAGAGCAGCCGCCAAAGACAGGGGAGCCGCUCCCUGCGCCAAGCCGAGAAGGAGAGGAGAAUGCUCAGGAGGAGGCUGAGGCUGAGCAGGAGGAAGGCGACAGGGAGGAGGCGGCAGCAGGAGGAGGAGGAGGAGGAGAGGGCGAGGAAGGCCAGGCCCCAAGCCCCAAGGGGCAGGGUGAUGAUGCAACUGAAAUGACAGCUAAACCAAAAAGAAGUUUUUAUGCAGCAAGGGACUUGUACAAAUACCGGCACCAAUAUCCACAGAACUUUAAAGAUCUGAGAUACCAGAAUGAUUUGUGCAACCUUCGCUUUUACAAGAAUAAAAUUCCCUUUAAACCUGAUGGUGUUUACAUUGAAGAAGUCUUGAACAAGUGGAAGGGAGACUAUGAAAAACUGGAACACAAUCACACUUACAUACAGUGGCUUUUCCCACUCAGAGAACAAGGGUUGAAUUUCUAUGCCAAAGAAUUAACAACGUAUGAAAUUGAGGAGUUCAAAAAAACAAAGGAAGCAAUCCGAAGAUUCCUGCUAGCUUACAAAAUGAUGCUGGAGUUUUUUGGAAUAAAACUUACAGAUAAAAAUGGGAAUGUAUCACGAGCUUCUAACUGGCAAGAAAGAUUCCAGCACUUGAAUGAGUCCCAACAUAACUACUUGCGAAUCACUCGUAUUCUGAAGAGCCUUGGAGAACUUGGAUAUGAGAGUUUUAAACCUCACCUUGUGAAAUUUAUUCUUCAUGAGGCUCUUGUGGAAGACACCAUUCCCAACAUUAAACAAAGUGCUUUGGAAUAUUUUGUGUAUACCAUUAGAGACCGGAGAGAAAGGAGAAAACUCCUGCGUUUUGCUCAGCAACACUAUACACCUGCUGAACACUUCAUAUGGGGACCACCAAGGAAAGAGAAGUUGGAAGGGAGCAAAUCAAGUAAAAAGCUGUCAUCACCAGUUUCUCAUCGUACCAGCUGUGCUUCUAAACAUAAAAAGGCAAGAGACUGCAAGAAUGCCUCCACAGUUUGCAGCUCCAGUGGUAAAGCAUCUGAUGAGAAAAGGGCAGAACGUACUAAAAAUGAUGAAGACAGUGAUCAGAGUAGCAAAUGUACCAGCAGCCCUGAAAGGGCUAAGCAGAGCAACAGUGAAAAGAACAAUGAUGUUGAAUGUUCUAACUCCAAACUGGAAGAAACUGGUAAUCCUUUGAAACAAAAGGAGAAUGCUUCCCAUGUCAAAAAACUUAAAGGCAAAAGUGAUGAUAAUCUUAUCCAGGACUGUAGAAAUCCAGAAAAUGAUUCCUGUGACAGUAAAAAUGAUUCAACUAAUAUAUCGACAUAUCUACAGGACAAUGUAAGUAAGGAUCAAAACCCAGUGGAAUUAAACAUGAAAAACAAAGAGGAAUCUCAAACAUAACUCAGAAGAAAGAGUCACUUAAAUCUACUGAACAUGACAAAAUGGUGUCACCUUCACUUGUACAAAACAGAAUGAGCCGUCUCAAUACUGGUUCCAAUGCUGAAUCCAUCAGCUUAGCCUCUGAGGGGGUUAUGUCUUCUUCUUUUUUUUAACUUGGUUUGUUGUUUGCACUUUUCAAAGCUGUGUAUUGAGCUUAAAACUGCAUAACGCUCAAACCUGAGGGAAUUCAUUUGUCAAGACUUUUCUGUAAAAACACUUAAUAUUGAUUACUGUCUCUCUUUCUUUUAAAAACUGUAAAUCUUUUAUGCCAGAUAGAUUUCCAAGGAACCAGGGUCAAAAUGUCUCUUCACUAGAUAACUGCUUGUCAUACUAAUGUGUUCAAUGCCUGCCGCUGCUAAAAAAAUCAAAAGGAUUUAGAUUUUGAUUGUACCUUCAUUUAGGCAUAGAGAUCAGAUCUAGGAGAAUUGAACUGCAGUCUUAUAUCAGCCUUGAGUCACAUGGGAAAGCAAGCUAAAUUUACUUAGCCUCAAUUUCAUACUUGAAAAAUGAGAAUCAUAAUUUACUUCCUAGAGUUCUUGUGAGUCUAAAAUAUAACAAUGAUAGAAAACCACUUUCUAUACUGAAAAAAUGUUAUAGAACCAACUACUAGUAGUACUCACACACUAGCAUUCAUUGUGCCAACCUGUGCCAACAACUUACAUUGUCUUUUCCCUUGGUGUAUCCUUUACUGUCCGGUCAUGAAUAAUGUGCUGGAUUAAGUUGUCUUUAGCUUCUCAUAUUUUCUCACUUUGUUCUCUGUUUAUUAUUCCAGCUAUUUCCCAACUCCAUCCUGGUUUUUCAUUUCUUACAGCUAGCACACCUAAAAAAAUACACGAGAAAGCAUUCCCCCACCAAUGUUUAUUUCUGUGUUUAGGUAGGAGGAAAUAAUUUUCCUUGAGAUCUGCUUCUGCAGGUAAAGGAUAUAAGGACAGGAAAAGGUUAAACACUGAAGAGGCAAAGAUGUGAUGAUUGCUAACUCAACUGCUUAGAAGGAAGCAAUAUUUCAAAGUUGACCUUUCUACCUAGAUUCACUGGUGCAGUUUGAAGAGUCUUUGCAAAAGGAAGACUACAGCAUUCUUUUCAUUCUUCCUCCAACUCAUCCCCCCCCGCGCCCAAAUUCAUACUUUGCCUUCCCAGUAUACAGGGAAUGACCAGGAGGGAAAACAUGCGUACUGAGAUUUGCAUGUCAAAUCCAGACAUCUUUCUUGUAUGCCCAUUUGCUUUUUUGCUGUUCUCCAGAAAAUGUAAUUUUCCUCCCCCAUAGAGUAGAGCACAGGUGGACUAUUAUGACAGGCUCUAGACUUAAGUCCUGCCCCAUUGAACCUGCCAUGUGCUACACUGCUAAUACCAUACUGGAAGUACUGCUUGAAAACAAGCAACAAAUAUUUGUUUUAAAGAGACUUCUAUGGACUGACAUUGAACUUCAGCAACAAAAUUAAAAACCUGUUUUGUCAUUGCAUUCCCUGUUUGUUUUAAGUAUAAUGUGGAAUUGCUAGUUUGCCACCCAAAUUUGACAGUGUAGCUUGCCAUUGAAUUUCAGAGGUGCAGUAGGAGCACAAAAAUGGUUGAGGGUGUAUUUGCAUGCAGCUUACGAGUCACAUAUUACCACCCUGUAGUGAGAAAGGUAGCUUGGAAGGGAAGCUUUGAGACAGAUGGGACCAUGAAUAAUUUGCAAAAAGCAAGAAAUACCCUUACUAAAAAAAACAAGUCCUCUCCUAGUGAGUCAGCUUAAGCUAAUGCCAAAGAAUGAAACAUUCCUACACCUGCAUAUCUGGGUUUUACUUGCCAAAUUAUGAGAAAGGUUUUUAACAAUAAUAAGGUUUAUAUGUAUGUUGAAGUGGUUAUCUGCAUAUCUUCUUGGUGUUGCCAUUGACUGAAGAAUGCCAAUAUUGAGAGGAUGGUGAGGUUUCUCUCUGUAAGUUCUUCUGUUCUCCUCAUUGUUUCUUGAAAUGAUCUUGAAGCACCUAGCUUCUCAUAGUUGCGUUCUGGGAAGCUACCAAGGGGAGGAGGAGGCAUUUUGUCACCAUCCCUAUGUGGAGUUACCAAUGUUCCCACAAUGACAGGAAGUGACAUUAUAUCAUUUCCAAUUUUGUUUUCAUCCAGUUGUUUUGUCAGAUGUGUGUGUGUGGGCGUGCGCACACACACACAAAUGUAUAUGUGUGUAUGCAUGUGUUGCUGUGGUAUUCUGGGGGAGGGGGGUCUCCUGGAGGCAGAAUGGAGUCCCAGGGGAUCCUUGCAGGGAGAGGCACACAUUUCCCACCCCUGCUUGAAGGCAUCUCCCUGCAUUAAGAAAACUGCUACUCUACCCUCUUGGAAGGACACUGAGACAGCACUGAGGAAGGAGACUUUUGUUUUAGACCCCACAUACAUGAUCAGUUGUUCAAAGCAAAUAAAAUGCAGCAUCUUUCUACAGUUGUUUCUAGAUCUGUGCUUGGCAUAUCUUCACAGCUGCCCCUUUCACGUGUGUGUGAUGUGCAGCCAAUAUAUGCAUGAGGCAGGAUCUUUUAGUUCUGGUUUCCUUUUUACUUCCAUACCAACACUGAUUUUGCAAAAAUGCUAACUCUGACUGGGCAGUUAUACUUGUGUGCAAGAUCCUGUGUAGUGGGAGGAGAAGGAGACAUAUCUAAAAUAUAUUUGUAUGGGAACAUUAGUGUGGCAGUUUCAAUGCAUUCUUUGAACAGAAAUAGCUUUGUAGUUUUAAAAAACAGAUUUUAUUUUCUUCUUGGCAGUGUAAAAAAUAUCAUUAAAGAUCCACUUCUUUCUUUGGGAUUCACUUUAGAAGAUCUUUCCCAAGCAUACGGCAUGUGCAGAGGAAGAGGAGGAACUGCAGAAAUUUUACAGCAGUGGCUCUUAACUUUUCACCCCUCCUGAUGUUUUGGACUUCUGUCGCCCAGAAUCCUUGACCACUGACCAUGCUGGCUGGGGCUUUGAGGAGUUCCAAAACAUCUGGAGGGCCAGAAGCCACUGUUAAAGUUCUUAGAAACAGUAUAUGAGGGUGGGCUUUUGCACCUUUCAUGCAAUACCUUGUAUAAAAUCAAAGAGGUCUUCACUGAAUGACCUUACACACUGUUCCCUGUAUGAAACAGUACUUGACACAUUUCAGCUCCCUUUUGUUUCAUGUCAAAUCUGGCCUGCAGCGGUGACUAGCAAAAGGACAGUAUUCCCAUGCUGGCAAUCAUCAUGAUUGAAGAUAUUCUUGGUUAAAGCAAUACAGGCAGGAGGUGCAGUCCCAUACUUGUAUUGGUGCUGAGGCAACUGUGGCUGUGUAUAAUUAUCUAUAGGCUUAAAUCAAGAAGCUGAGCCUCAUCUGUUUUAAGGCAGACCUUUCCCAACCUAGAUGAAAGUGUCCAUAAUUCCCAGCCACAUUUUGGAGGAGACUGCCUUCAAGACGGCACAUGAGUUAACACUAGGCCAGUGGCAUGGCUCAUAGUUUCAGCCUUGCAUCAGCUAAGAACAGAUUCAUUCAUAAUGAUACCACUCAGCUUCUGGAGCUAUUUAUGUGAAGGAUUUAGCAGAUUUAUUGAGGUUGGGGAGCGUGUAAAACACAUUACUAUUUCGGCAAGCACUUAGAUAAUUUCAUUUGUUUUGUAUCUGGCUUGGAAAAAUCAAUAUCUUUUCUGCUGAUAACUUACAGCUUGUUUGUUAAUCAUUUUGAGGAGAACAACAAUCUACAAAUAUUUUAAAUAAAUGUAUGAGAAAAAAAGUUUUAAAAAUGUAAUGUUAGUGGAUUUGAGAGCAAAGAUUUCUACACACCAGUAUCUGCCAGUAAUAACAAUAAUUCUGCUGGCUCAUUUUUAAAUGAAAUGCUCUACACACACACGUGUGUGUGUGAAAGCAGGAAAUGCUCCUGCUUGUGUGGACUUACUCUCUUCCUGUCGUAACAUCCCAUGCUCCUUUUAUCACACUCGACAUGGUGACCCUAGGGAGACUUGAAGAUCAGGAAGUCCAUCAGGUCAAGCUUGCCACAAGGAGGAAAAGAGAUUAUAGAAUACAAUACAUAUGUCAGAGAUGAUAUAUCCAGAGAACCUGGUAUAAUCUUCCUCCCGAAUCAGACUUGGUGGCUCAUCAGUUCCUUUUCCUCCCCAGCUAUUAUCACACAGAAGUUUAUUUUUGUCUCUUGUUACUUUUUCACUAUAACAAUCCUUACCUAGGUGUGAUAAUACAUAUCAUGCAUAGUGUAUAAUCUUUAUGAAAACACUUAACACUUAUAUUUUUUAAUGAAAAACUGCUAUAGGAGAUAUGCUUUUGAUUUUUAAAACUGCAGAAUUAGAGGUUUUGUCUUGUCUUUUUAUUUACUUGAAGAAGUGAUAAAGUGCAUCAUGCUAAUUAGAAGUUCAUGCUGAUUAAAAUUUCACAGAUUUAGGAAUAUGUUUUACAGUUUUGGUUUCUUCUCUUGUAUCAUGGAGCAUAGAUGCCAACAUAUAUACCCAGUAGAUGUAUUUGUUAAUCAUAAGAAGUCCCAUUGAAAAAAAGAGAUUACAUACUUCUAUAUGUACAAUAAUAGACAGGAGAACAGGGUUUAGUACCUUUUGGUGGCUCCAAUACUUUUAUUUUGCAACAAGUGGAAUCUAUUUACAGUAUUUUCAUGUCGAGGAUAUCUACAGUGAUUAUGUGAUCAUCUGUAUGUAUAUUAAAAGCAUAAGUUUGUUGUCUUGAGUUUUUAUCCUCUGUACUUUAUUUAUUCUUUGAUGUGCUGCCCCUAUGUUCAGAACACACAGUGUAUAUAUGCAGUUGCUCAAAUUUCUCUGCUCAUGCACUGAUGAAAUGAAUUUGUUCUUCCUGCAUAAAAAGUAUAGUACAAUGUUGUGACACAUAUUGUGCUAUCAGUUAUGUGACUGAGCAUUUCUCUCUAUGUAAAUGAUGUGAAGCUUUUUCCCUAGUCUCUAAACUGCUUUGAGGAUCUUAUUAGAAACAUGUUUUCAUGAUCCAUAGAGGUCUGUUUUUUGUCGGAUCUCUUUUAGAGCAGUGCCUCUUAAAUUGGUAGUCCAUGGAGCAGUGCCAGUCCCCAAGCGAUUGGCUGCCUGUUAGAUUUCCAGGAAGGAAAGGAACAUUUGUAGCUGAUGGACACAAAUAUGGUACUGAUCCAUGGCAUAAUGGCAUGAGAGAUUGCCAGUCAGCUAUGUCAGACAGCUUGAGAUGCACUAAUCUAGACCAUCUUUUGCACAAGGUCCUUACCAACUGAAUCAUUUAAACACAUUUUACAAGGGUCUGAGUUAUUCCUUACAACAUUUGUGAGUUAGAUUUGGUUCCAGUUCUACUGGAGGAUGGUUGAAACUGCAGCACUUAAAUUUUGAUCAAUUAAGAAAUACAGCUUUCUGUGCACAGACACUAUAGUGUAGUGUUUGAAUUUGCAUCUAGGUUUUUUUAAGGAUAGCAAAACCGCCUCACAAACUAGUAACAACAGAUAUCUCCUGUGAUAAUAGUGGUCAGUAUGUGAAAUUGGAUUGACAUUUAUUGAAAUAAUUGUGUUGCAUAAUUGUAUACACAUGCACUCAGUAUUAGAGCAUUAAACAAAGUUGCCUUGUUUGUUGAUCUACUUAACCAGAAGUAGAAUGUCUUUUUGCAGCUGCAGCUUGCAGGGUUUCAUGUGGGAACACUUUCCAGGCUUGGUGAUUCCCUCAACUGAUUGCCAUAUUGAUGGAAGUGUUUGUAUGUAAGUGCAAUGUAUGAAUGCAACUUUGUGCAUGAAUUUGCUCCUCCACCAACCUGCAUACUGCCUAAUUUCAGGCUGCUUCGCCUAUUGUACCUGCUUAACAACCCAUAUUCUCAGGGUAAAAUAAAGCACUUGCAUCAGCCUCAGAAGUGAGGUGGCCAAGUUCAUUGGUAAAUGGAGACAACAGCUUGAGUUGAACAAGGACUCUUGUAAUAAUUUGUGGCUCUAUAGUAUCUUUAGUGUAUAUAUGAAAACUGCCACAGUUAAUGUCACAAGUCCAUUUUUAUUUGUGAAAUAUGAUCCAGCAAGGUAAAUGUAACAGAUCACUGGAACACAGGCAUCUAUUACAUAAAAUAAAGCUUAUUUGUUGAACUA